CUAGGGCGGCGCUGGAAACCCUUAGAUUUCAACAACCCCAACUUCACCCGGAUCCCCAAUUGGCACAAAAUAGAAGAAGAGACUCUCCCCGAAUAUACCGCCUCACAGUACUAUCCCACACGAAUAGGAGAAGUCAUCAAAGAUCAGUACCAGGUCAUUGGUAAAUUGGGAUAUGGAUCGAAUUCAACAGCGUGGCUUGCGCGGGACAUGGAUAACCGUCGCUAUGUCAUGCUCAAAAUCUUCCUCCAGGCGGAGUGUAUGGGGCGGCGAGUCGAUGACGAGCUCGAUAUGUAUAGACGGACGGAACAGGAAUCCGGGAGUAACCAUCCCGGUUGCGAUGUUAUAAGAACGUUGCUCGACACAUUCUAUAUCAAUGGGCAGGGGGAUAAGCAUCGCUGUCUCGUGCACCCGCCGUUAUGGGAGAGUGUUCUAACCUUCUUGCGCCGUAAUCCGGUGGAGAGGUUACCUUCGGUAAUUCUUGCUGUUGUUCUUCAUCGGUUGUUUAUGGCGUUGGAUUAUCUUCAUACCGAGUGUGGGGUUGCGCAUACUGAUAUCAAGGCUGAUAACAUCAUGCUCGGCAUCAACGAUGACUCUGUCUUCACUGACAUUGAAAAAAAUGAACUCCAACGACCCGUCCCGAGGAAAGAGGUCGAUGACAGAAUGGUAUACAUGUCCCGGGAACUUAAAAUACCCAAGGAUGUUGGUGGUCCCGUGCUCUGUGACUUUGGUUCUGCUAUGGUUAUCAAUGAUGAAUAUCAGAGGGAAUUCAUCCAGCCUCGGAUUUAUCGAGCGCCGGAGGUGAUACUGGGAGUUCCGUGGACGUAUAGUGUUGAUAUUUGGAAUGUGGGGUGCAUGCAUUCUUUUUCUAACCUUAUCUGGGAUCUUUACGAAGGUGGUUCUUUGUUCACGGGAUACGAUCCUGUAGAUGACAGGUACCGGAGUCGAGCGCAUCUCGCGGAGAUGAUUAAUCUUCUUGGACCACCGCCUGAGAGUUUGCUUGUGCGGGGGGAGUUGAGAGAUAAGUUUUUCUCAGAUGAAGGUACUUUCCUCCAUCCAGAUUUAUUGACCGAACGGAUCCCCCUUGAAGAAAGGGAGACUACUCUGGAGGGAAAGGCAGAGAGGAAGGCAUUUUUGCGUCUCAUGCGAAAGAUGCUUCAGUGGGAGCCGGGGAAACGUAGUUCUGCUCGGGAGUUGGCGGAGGACGAGUGGUUGCAAAGUUAUAUAUGA